UGCAUGACUUGAACACACCGCCAUCACGGCAGCAACGUAAACAGUAGCAUCAGCAGCCGUGUCGUGACCGCAUCCUCCGCCUCCUCUCAUCUACACAUGGAGUCUGGCUAACAAGCACCGGAGACCUUUCGCCGGAGAAUGCCUUAUUUCCAAAGAAAUCGACUGAAAUAUUUAAAAACAGAGGCGCCAUCUUCAUCCAAAUCUUCGACGGACCCUUUCAGAAUGGGCACCUCGAAUUACAGGGGAUGAUCCGCUUCGAGAGCACUAUGCCUGCUGUUGCCUUUCAGGACCUAGUUUUGAAUAUUUACAUAGUCAUCUUCGGCACCGGGAUAUUUGUCUUCAUCUUGAGCCUGAUAUUUUGCUGCUGCUUUAUAAGUAAAUUGCGACAUCAAGCCCAGUCUGAGAGAUUGGCCUACAAGCUGGUUGUAUUGAAGGAUGAGACAAAGCACUUGAAUAUUCAUGGGCAAACAUGCGCUGUGUGUUUAGAGGACUUCAGAAUAAAAGACGAACUUGCAAUGUUGCCAUGCCAACACAGCUUUCACAAAAGGUGUCUGUUAAAGUGGCUGGAGGUGCGCUGUGUGUGUCCCAUGUGCAACAAACCAAUUGGUGCACCUAACAAGCACAUCGGCAGCAUACUGGAUGAACUGGUGUAAAUAACUAGCACAAGCUCGAGUACAAACGCUCCAGUCAACAUCCUGCAGCAGGACGUCUAGAGUCGGAAAGGACCAAGAUCUGCUACAAUACACAACACGUACAACAGGCUGGUAUUCUGGCAAUGGUAGGAUAAAAACAUGUGCCAGUUGAGGUGAGAUUAUGUAAACAAAGCCGAAAUGUAUUACAUUGAAUUGCUAAUUUAUGACUAAAUGUGUCAAUUCAUAGAACAUUGAGAAGUUUUCAGAUUUAUUUUCCUCUCAAAAUGCAUACAGUGCACAGUAAAUACACCUUGAUUUCCUUUUCCAUUAAAUUACAGUUUUUAGUUCCAACAACUUCUAAAUAUAGUGCUAGGAUUCCAGGAAGUAUUAGGUCUGUUUAAAAUAUCCAACUUGAUUUGUAAAAAACUAAUUCUUGUGCUGUUCCUGCUGCCUGUGGGACAUAUGAAAAUAAAUAAAAAAUAAAAAAAAUGCAGCAGCACCGUUUUGAAAAAUCAAUUAUAUAACCACCACGUUGGGCCUAGAAAUUUCUAAGGAAUGAUAUUCUAUGGUUUGAAAAGCUUGAUGCUUGAAUAAACAAAACAUUUGACAUCUUGGAGGCAAUCAUAAUAAAACAAAACAGAUCAAAAGGUUUCUUGUUCCACCUUUAAUAUUUUUGUUAAAUGUUCUAUUUAUGACAUCACUGUAUUUUUUGUAACAAGUGUUUCAAUAAUAGGAAUGAGGAAAUUAAAGGAAGAGAAAGGAAUGCACGAGACUGAAGCUAGGUGUCGAGUGGAAGCAGUAUUUAAAGUUGGCCACAGUUACUGAUGACGACCUUGGCAGUGCACUUGCCGGAAUCAUGUCCCCUGGCUUCAAUAGCCCUGACGACGUUUAUGCCCUCAACCACGCUUCCGAACACAACGUGCUUGCCAUCCAGCCUGUGCAGAGGGAAGAGGGAGAGCAUGAGCAUGACACUUGGCUGUUGGGUUACAUAUUGAUCGUCCACUUUAAAUUGGAACACUGGUACACUUAUUUACUCAAUCACAUGACAGCAGCUCAUGAGCUUCGUGCAAGGCAGUCUGGUUUAAGGAUUUUAAAAGGUACUGAAACCGGGCAUUUUAAAUUCACACCAUGAACCCCUAUCCACUAAGGCUACAGCACCUCAACUGCAGUGAACAGAAAUACAUUAAUACGAAAGCUACACUAGUCACAGACUGACUGAAACUGAAGAGGAGAGGAAAAAAAAUUAAAUAAAAA